UAUACUAAGCGACGUCUGGCAAGUUAACAAAUUUAGUGGCUGGGUAUAUAAUCAAUGGAGCUGCGUAUCUGAACCAGUUGAUAUCGCGACCUCUCUGUCAUCGCACGUGCGAGAUGAUAUUCAUAGCACUUAUUUUAAUCGCGCUCACAGCGCUGUACUUUUACGGUACCAAGAACCAGAAUUAUUGGCAAAAGAAAGGUAUUAAACAUGACAAACCGAUUCCAUUCUUUGGUACAAUGGCAAAAAGUUACCUGCAGCAAAAGAGUAUUACUGAAAUGACCGUAUACAAUUACUGGAAGUAUCCCAAAGAAAAAGUCGUGGGAAUGUACAUGUCCUCUUGGCCCGCUCUUGUGCUGAGGGAUCCGGAGAUCAUUAAGGAGGUACUGACUUCAGACUUUUUAUACUUCUAUCCGAGAGGGCUUAACCCACAUGAAGAAGUAUUGGAGCCAAUGAUGAAGAAUCUUUUCUUUGUUGAUGGUGAUCUAUGGCGGUUGUUGAGGCAACGAAUGACGCCUGCGUUCACGAGCGGCAAGUUGCGCGCCAUGUUCCCCCUAAUAGUGGAGCGUGCUGAGAAAUUGCAAACCAGGACCGCAAACGCUGCUGCCAAAGGAAACGCUCUGGAUGCCCGCGACCUCAUGGCCCGGUAUACCACUGACUUCAUCGGUGCUUGUGGUUUUGGUCUCGAUGCAGACUCACUAAACGAUGAAGAAUCCGCCUUUAGAAAGCUCGGUAUUAAAAUUUUCGAGGUACGACUUAUAGAUGCAGUAAAAUUAUUUCUAAGAGAUCUUUUCCCUGUAGCCCUGAAGCGCAUGAAAGUAAUGGGAAAAGUUGAAGGUGACAUACACGAUUUGGUGAAAUCAAUUUUGAAACAAAGAAAUUACCAAAAGUCUGGAAGGAAUGACUUCAUCGAUCUACUUAUUGAGUGCAAAAAUAAAGGAUUAUUAAAAGGGGAGUCUAUAGAAAGAAAGAAACAGGACGGUACUCCAGAAGAAGCAUCCGCAAUUCUGGAUGAGAUGCUUAUGGCGGCACAAGUGUUCGUUUUCUUCGCCGCUGGAUUCGAAACUUCAUCUUCAGCUACAAGCUUUACAUUACAUCAGUUAGCUUAUAAUCCGGAAGUGCAAAAGAAAGUUCAGGAUGAUAUUGAUCAAGUCCUAGCUAGACAUAAUAACAAACUAAGUUAUGAUGCGGUCAAAGAAAUGAAAUAUUUGGAUUGGGCUUUUAAAGAAGGCAUGAGGAUGUUCCCUUCGCUUGGAUUUCUAAUAAGGAAGUGUGCGAAGCAAUACACGUUCCAGAAGCUAGACUUAACGAUCGACCCGGGCGUGCGUGUGUUCGUGCCGCUGCAGGCGCUACAUAAUGACCCAUUAUAUUUUGACAAUCCCGAGGAAUUCCGUCCUGAGCGAUUCGACCCUGAAGUAUUCGACAGCAGACUGAAAAAUAUUUAUUUACCUUUCGGCAUAGGACCGCGAGCAUGUAUCGGCGAGCGGUUGGGGCAUAUGCAGUCUCUGGCGGGUCUAGCGGCGGUGCUGUCGCGGUUCUCGGUGCGGCCGGCGCCGGAGACGGUGCGGCAUCCCACAGUAUCACCCUUUUCCGAUAUCGUGCAGAGCAUAAAGGGUGGCCUACCCCUCCUCUUCGAAGCAAGAGAGAUCAGUAGCUCGUGAACCUUUAAUAUUAAGGAAAGUCUGCGUUAAUUAUUGUUAAUUGUACUUGAUGUGAGAUUGUUUAUGAUUCUGCGAUCGGACUACGGAGUACUUCCGUAUCGUUAGUAUAUAUCUAUAUACGUUGAAGAAUCAGUGAAGUUUAUUUGUGGUCAUAAUUAGUAUCUAAAAGCAUACAGUCACUAGUGUUAUCAAAGUGAGUGCCACAAGAGUAAAGUUUUAGUAAUUGAUUGUUAGAUUGAAUCUCUGUUUCUCAUAUGGUAUCACCAAAAACUAUAUAAAAAAACUUUUUUCAUUCUGGCUAUAAGAUGGCGUUUUGAAUCAUUUUUAACUAUGACGCACAAAUUGUUUAAAAACUCAGGCGCCCCUCCCGCCGUGUUUACUAUGAGAUAAUAAUGUUAUUUAUUUAACAAUACACUUUUUAAGUAGUUAUUAAUCUGCUGAAGAUGAAGGUUUACAUAAUUUUAACCCUGUCUUGUGACUACGGAUUCUGAACAGAGAUUUCUUCAGACUCUGAAGUAAAGAAAGAAAGUGUUGAUUGACGAAGAAGCGCUUGGUAAAUUAUUAAAAAUUAUGUAACAGAAGUUGGGUCAAGAUGGCGAAAUUAAAAUGCGGUUAUAUUCAAGUAACGCGUUCAGUCACCAGUUUUACAAAUAGGAAUGAAUAAAACUACAUCCCGGGCCUACAUAAUCUUGAAACAAAGAAUUAAACAAAAGUUAAGACUGCGCAGAAGUAAUUAGUUAAUGUAAACAAAACCAAGGCAUGGCGGUCAAACCUUAUCACAUAUAAUAAUGGGGCCGCCCGGUGACGCGAGCUUUGUGUAACUCUAUGACAAUUAUUUUAAAUAAAAAUAUGAGACACAAAAUCAUAAUGGAUAUUAGUAUAUUUAAAUUUUUGGCAUCAAACUUUUUAGUAUAUAUAACAAACAAAAAAACACUUAAAUAAAACUAGUUUUUCACGGGUUAAUGCACGAAAAUUUAU